CAAAGAAGAAGUAACGGCAACUCUAGCUGACGUCUCACUAUCGGCUUUUGUGCUGAGUAAUGCGCGGCGCUCACUGCCGCUAACUGAACUCUACCCUAGCUCUGUGGUAUGCGCCGUUCGCGUCUGCGGCCGACUGAAUUAGAGUAAAGUUUAGUUCGCUGGCGCUCGUCCAUUCGGUAGUCGUGUAUGCGGCGUUGGUAGCGACGGUGCUAACGAUGUCAGCUUAGACAGCGACAGCGCUUGCGCGAUUGGCAAUUGUUACAUUUCUUCAAUGUGUGGACGAUUUCGUUGUUAUUUCUUGCUACUCAUAUUGCUUCUAUUGCUUCUUCUUUACUGUCGUUGGCCAUAACAAACGAGUAUGCUUGUAUGUACAAUGUAUGCCUGUGUGUGCGUGUUGGGUUUGUAAAUGCGCGCGCGUGUUUCUAAGUUUUUUUUGUUAUUGUUGUUGACUAGUUUUAUGAAUGCAGAGCAAGUUCGUCGUGCACCGUCGCGCGCUCACCUGGCUCAACACAUCUGUGCAGCAGCAGCAUCGCGCGGCAGCAGCAAAUGAAGCGGCGUUGUCGUCGCCGUCGUCGUCUUAGUAGUUAUAGCGUUUUGCGAUGAGUUGAAGGAAAUGUACGUCGGGUAUGGAUUGUGCGCGCGCGUCAUCCAGUCAGCAAGACGAUCUCUUACUUUACGGUUGUGUUUUGUCGCAAUGUCCGGUGUUGCGCAGGACCAAAAUUAGACGAAUUCAGUGUUUGUACGAUGUGUUGACUGAGUGAGUGGUGAGUGCUACGCGAUCUGAACGACGACGACGACAACGAAGAGUGCACGAGUGCAUGCAUGGGCGUCAUCAACAGCGCGUAUGAGUAAAUUGGCUAGCUAGCAAGCAGCUAACGGCUCGGAUGGUAGCAUCGUCCGCAAUUCUAACGCGCAGUCUGUGGCCUUUGGUCCACAGUCCUAUGUCCGCGUAAGGCGUGCGCGGAUGCGUUAGACGCCUGCCAUAUUUUUCUUUACCAAUUCUGUGUUUAGCUGCAUGUGUGUGCAUUUCGUCUGUGUAUGUGUGUAUUUACAUAGCGAUAUUAGUUAAAUAUGACAAUGGAAAAUGUGACCUAAUUAAACUAACGGCAUGGCAUUUGAACAAACGACAGUUAUGAAAUAAUAAAACUGCAAACAAUUUAAUACAAAAAAUUAGCGCUGCUUAAUUAGCAAUGAAGUGUUAUUGGAAAAGCGCUAGCUGCAUAAAAAUUAAUGUUUCGUUUAAAUGGAAUUAUUGCGGAAUUUUAUCGCUGCAAUGGCACUUAAUUGACCAGAAGUGAUAAGCGCUGGCAGCUUGUCGUUCGAUAUCAUUACAGAAAAUCCAACCAUAAAUUUUUUAAACGUUCAAACUGACAUUUUCGAAAACUUAAGAACACUGCCGAGCACAAUUUUCUCCACACGUGCAAACACAAACCACGCCCCUUAAUAAACUCCUCCCACAAUUCGUUUAAUGCCGUUCAUAAUGUUUUUGCACUGAAAAUCUGUGCCUCACUGUGUCGCACUGACGCGCUGCUCACCGUGUCCAUAACCGUAUUAGCUGCCGGAAGUGACAACAGUUAGACAACAAACACAACAACAAGUAGAAUUGUCACAAGUAGCGCAGACAACAUGCAAAAUGCCCGCGGCAAUAAUCGGACUUUAAAGCAACAACAACAACAACCAAGUGCAAAAUUGUCAAUUAGAGUGUAACAGCAGCAACAACAACAACAUAACAACUGCAACAAAAACAAAAAGUGCAGCAAUAAAAAGACGCAAGCACAAGCAACGAAAACAUUAAAAGUGUUGCAGCAACAACUGAACAACAACAGCAACCAUAAUAAGCGAAUCGGUAAUAGAAAUUAACUGUAACGCGCAGCAACUUGCCGCAACACACAGUUAACAACAUCCGUCGGUGCAAUACGCCGCACAACGACUUGAGGAGGAAGUGCACCGGCGCGCGCCUGCUCGCUCACACGCUCCACAACGCCAGCGACAACGCAAUAAAGGAUGCCAACAAGUAGCCACAACAAGAGUAACAACAACUACAUGCAACAGUGAUUUGAAAGCGACAGUCACUUAAAAUAACGGUUGCACACAAGCUGCCCACAAGUGCGCAAACACAAGCGUAGUAGUGGCGGCAGAAGACGCAGACGAAGAAGAAGAAGCGGUGAAAUAAAUUAGAAAAAACGGUGCCGAUCAUUUGAAUUGUGAUUUGUGAUUUCUUCCUGCCUCACUAACUGGUUGUCGGCCUCACACGCCGCCGCACGCCACCCAACUACCUACUCGCCGCCACAGACUGUCCGUGUCUGGCUGUGGAAGCUUGCUCUGGCGUUUAUCUGCCUAGCGGCCGGGCAGCGGAUAUCCGUUCCGUUUGCAAUUAUAUUGGGUGUCCGUUGUGCAAUUAAUUGCGAACAGUCUCGUUUCAGUUGCGGGAAACUUAUGCGACGUGGCGUCCCUACGUCCAAGCCAGCAAGCAAGCAAAGAAACACUCUUUAACACACACACACACUCGCAUGCUUCGCGCAGUCGUGCUAUUUCGUUGCGCAUUGGCAAUUUAUCCGGAAAACCUAUACACGGCAGCCAGACAGUGCAGUGCGCUGCAUUUCCGAUAAGUGCUGACCAGCAAGGCGACAGCGGCGUCAGCGUCAACAACGACGCCAGCGCCUGCUACGAAGUUAAGAUUGGCUGGUGUAGCCAAUUGUUCGUGCUGUUCAACUUCAUAACUAUAGGAAAGCAACCACAUAAUCGCAAGCUAACAACAGUAGCAACUACAACAACAACAACAACAACAGCUAUCAAGCAUAAAUGCAACAUUGAGAUUUCCAAGCACCCAGAAUAGGAACACCUAUGAGUUUGACAACAAGGCGACGCUCAGCAGACACUGUGAUGAGUUUAAGUAACGCCCACAAGCAUUUGAGUUUCAUCUAUAAGCCAGCAACAAAUUCAAUACAAACCGAAACACCCUAGUGAUGAGAGAGAAGGAUCACUCACCAAGAAAAAUGCUGCCCAGCCCUAAGCAAGGGUCCGUUUAUCCAUUAUUAGGCCUUGUGCCCACUACUACAUACGCAUCACAAGUACCUUAUGACCUAUCGGUGACGGCGACGCGCACCUCAACGGCUGCUUUGGGUACGUCGCCACUCUCGCUCACCAUAUCUGCCUUAAGUCAAAGCCACAAUGAAGCAAAAAAUCGUAAACGUUGCAGCAGUUACGAUCAGCCGCUCGACCUGCGACUGGCGCAUAAAAAGCAUGACGGCUCCAAUGCAAGCGGCGCUUCCUCACCGCUGGAGGAUGAGAAUAGCAAUCUCAUAUACAACAUCACGAACUACAACAACUCCAACUGUCACACCAAACCCACAAACGCUGCAUCGCCCAGCAAUCAUAAUGCGCAGCAUGCGAAAACGCCGUCGCAAACUGCGCAAAUAUUAAACUGUCGUUCACAACGCGAAGUCUCACCGACGGGAAUCGGUUGUGAGAAGGAGCUCAAUAACAACACGCUGCCAUCGCUAUGUGCUGACGCAAUUGUCGCUAAUCUGGAAAGUCUGAGCGGCAAGCAUAACAAGCGCUUACGCACACAAAAGUCCGAAUUGGGUGUGGCAUGCUUGCGCAUCUCAGAGUCAUUGCAUUUGAAUGCCGCCGCGGCCGCAGCGGCUGCGGAUCGACUGCCAUUCGUCUCGUCCGCUUUGCAUCCCACACUGCUAGAGGCGAUGGCGAAGGCCAUACCACUGCCCUACCGCAACCCGUUUGUGCUACCGCGUCCACCUACAGCCAGUUCCUUUUCUUUUCUGCAACCGCCGAUGCAGAAGGAAAUGCUGCCCGGUUCGAUGCAGCUGUCGCAGUCACCCUCUAAUGAGACGCCUCUUGAAUUCCAUUUCGACGGCAGCGGUGGCCGAGGCAAUUUUUCCGAUGCGCUAACUCAUCCGCAAGUCAGCGGCAACAUGACCGCCAGUCCAAAUAAGACGGCACUUAAUGCGGGUAAUGGCAGCAGUGGGUGUGCGGUUGGUGGUGCAUCGAAACACUUGCAACAGCAAAUCAGCCACAAUCAGCAGCAAUUAAACCAUCAUGCGCGUCAGCAGCAACUUGCAAACACCGCUGGUAAUCGCGCGACACUAACUGCGGACGGCGUGACUAUGCAUCACAACAGCAAGAAAUCAGUGGCCGCGUCACGUGCCACUCUGCAUCCGAAUGCAGCCGGCAACACUGCAACAGCGCAGUAUAAAAGCAAAGAUCGCUACACAUGCAAGUUUUGCGGCAAAGUCUUUCCGCGUUCCGCCAAUCUAACUCGCCACCUACGCACACACACCGGUGAGCAGCCGUACAAAUGCAAAUACUGUGAACGUUCCUUCAGCAUAUCCUCGAACUUGCAACGUCAUGUGCGUAACAUACACAACAAAGAGCGUCCAUUCAAAUGUGAAAUCUGUGAACGUUGCUUUGGCCAGCAAACGAAUUUAGAUCGUCAUUUGAAGAAGCACGAAAGCGAUGCGGUCUCGCUAGGUUUGGGCAUGAACGAGCGCAUACGCAGUCUACGUCGUGGUGGCUACUGCGACAAUCCUACUGAAGAAUCCUACUUCGAAGAGAUACGUUCCUUUAUGGGCAAGGUGACACAGUUACCACUCGGCGCUGCUGCUGCAGCGGCCGGCUCCACAAUAAACCAAUCCACGACGGGCGGUAAUCAGGCGUUAGCACCGAAAUCACCAUCGACACGCAGUUCCACCUCCAGCAGUUCAGAACGCGAUUCAUCCACCAGUGGUGGCGGUUUGCAAAUAGUGCAAAACGAUAUGUUUUUAGAACCAGAAGCGGAAGCGGAGGCAGACAACGAAAUCGAAACGGAAGUCGGUGAGGAGUAUGUGGAUAGAGCAACUGCUAAUGACAUGCAUGUGACAACUGAGCCAGUAAAUGUCUGUAAAGAUGAUGACGAGACGACAACAACUACAAAGUCAAUAACUACUGCAACAACACCAACAACUGCAGCUGCGACAAAAAGAGAUGCCAACCGUACUGCGCGACAGUCAGGCGACAAAAGUCUGUACUUUGCGCAAACGGAAGUGUGUUUCAAACGUGACAGCAGCAGUAAUAGUGGCAGUCCACUAUGCGCCACCUGACCUGGCUGCCGACCACAAUUGGUUCGCCCACAAUGCCUGCGCCUUUAGUUUGUAGUGUGGAUUUUAUUGUAUGUAAUUAAAAGUAAUGUUAAUAUAUUCGUGAAUUACGAAGUACGCAUA